AGAGCCUCCACCCUCUGCUGCAAGUGUGGGCAGCAGGGGCCUCAGCAGGGCUGCAGGUGCAGAUGCCUUUUGUUUUUCCGUUAAGGAGAGUGGAGGUGGUGGGGAAGGAGAGGGAGAGAAUGCUGGAUUCCCACUCAGAGACUCAUCUUGCACAGGGAACCGCAAUGGAUGCUGGUUGGGAGAUGGUCCUGGGACCAUUUCUUCAUGAGGGAGAUAAAUGUCCCUGUCAUUAGUUGUUAGGAUUGUAGCCAGUUGUUACUCGUUGCUAGUUGUUGUUGCUAUAGGUAAUGAAUUUAGGAGGGACUCUCAGCUGCUUGGGGCUGGACCUCCGAAUGGAAAGCCACCUCAGUCCAGGCCUUCAUUCAGGAAAUUUUUUCACUUUUUUUCUUUUUCUUUUUUGAGACAGAGUCUCACUUUGUUGCCCAGGCUGGAGUGCAGUGGCGUUAUCUCAGCUCACUGCAACCUUUGCCUCCUGGGUUCAAGCGAUUCGCCUGCCUCAGCCGCCUGAGUAGCUGAGAUUACAGGUGCGUGCCACCAAGCCUGGCUAAUUUUUGUAUUUUUAGUAGAGACAGGGUUUCACCUUGUUGGUCAGGCUGGUCUCGAGCUCCUGACCUUGUGAUCCGCCUGCCUCAGCCUCCCAAAGUGUUGGGAUUACAGGCGUGAGACAUGGCACCUGGCUUCACUAUUCUUUUGAGAUCAUGAAAGAGGCGCCUGGAAGGGAAUAGGUGGAACAAUUCUGAGGACAGGCCAGCGCAUUUUCAGGGGCCAGAGCCCGGACUGAAUGUCCAGGAUCUCAGGCCCCUGUCUCCCUCAGCCAGUCAGUCAGUGAACCAACAAAAAUGUGCAGAGCUCCCGUUAUAUGCCAGGCACAAGAUACAGCGGUGAGCAAGACAGGCACGACUCUGUCCCCAGUGAGCCCCUUCAAGAUACCUGUAGAGGAACUUGAGGACAGAGUGUUUGUGAAUUGCAAUACCAGCAUCACAUGGGUAGAGGGAACGGUGGGAACACUGCUCUCAGACAAUACAAGACUGGACCUGGGAAAACGCAUCCUGGACCCACGAGGAAUGUAUAGGUGUAAUGGGACAGAUAUAUACAAGGACAAAGAAUCUACCGUGCAAAUUCAUUAUCGAAUGUGCCAGAGCUGUGUGGAGCUGGAUCCAGCCACCGUGGCUGGCAUCAUUGUCACUGAUGUCAUUGCCACUCUGCUCCUCGCUUUGGGAGUCUUCUGCUUUGCUGGACAUGAGACUGGAAGGCUGUCUGGGGCUGCUGACACACAAGCUCUGUUGAGGAAUGACCAGGUCUAUCAGCCCCUCCGAGAUCGAGAUGAUGCUCAGUACAGCCGCCUUGGAGGAAACUGGGCUCGGAACAAGUGAACCUGAGACUGGUGGCUUCUAGAAGCAUCCAUUACCAACUGUAACUUCCCUUCUUGCUCAGCCAAUAAAUAUAUCCUCUUUCACUCAA